AUGAAACUUAGGGACAGUGUGGACGUGAUGAAAAUGGAAAGCAAGAAAAUAGUGGAUGAUAAGGCCAUUUCCGAAAGUGAAGAUGGCUCGAAUGAAAAAGGGCCCGGUUCAUUCAACUGCAACGUGUGCGGACGCAGUUUCCCCUUCCUCAGCUCUCUGUCCCAGCACAUGAGACGGCACACAGGGGCACGACCCUACAAGUGCCCCUACUGCGACCACAGGGCAUCCCAGAAGGGCAACCUCAAAGUGCACAUCCGCAGCCAUAAUCUCGGGACUCUCUCUACUUACCAUUCAAACGAGGACGAUGGGGGGGAAGAGGAGGAGAUGAGCGUUUCAGAGGGCCUUGACGGGGGAACAAGCCCGACUAAAAGCAGUUCAGCAUGUAACAAAAUGAUCAAUGGUAACGUGACAGAGGAGAGCCGUAGGAAGUUGCCUGUGAGGAGUUUGAAACGAGAAAAAUCUACUUCAGAUCAGCGGCCUUUUUGUUGUCGCCUGUGCGGUUUUGAAGCACAGAGGGAAGACCAACUGCUGAGCCACAUAGAGAAAGUUCACAUUACAGCAGAUACAGAAGACGAAUCAAUUGUAAAGGAAGAGCCCUUGUCUGAACCAGAUGCAGCGCCAUCUCAAGAUGAUGGUAGCUUUCCCUGUGAGACCUGCGGGCAAGUUUUCACCCAGGCCUGGUUCCUAAAGGCGCAUAUGAAAAAACACGCCGGGGUUUUCGACCACUGCUGCCGGAUCUGCGGACGCCGGUUUCGCGAGGCCUGGUUCCUUAAGUCUCACAUGAAAACUCACAACGCGAAAUCCAGAUCGCGAUCAAGAGCCGACUCUGCGGAGCAUCCUGUCACUAUCAACGAUGUGGCACAAGACCCUGAAGUCGCGUCCUCCGUUACAGCCAUCUAUCAAAUGUGUCCCAAAUGUGGUAACCUUUUUCAUACUAAAGAAAGCCUGCGGGCGCAUGACAAAGUUCACAGUUUUAAUUACGGAAAGAAAUCUCAAAACCAGAGCAGGCCUUGUGAAGAGGAUGUUCCAGCUGCUAAGAGAUGUCUGCUUGACUACUUAAGACUCAAACCUGUAGAAGAUAAUGCGCAGAAUGAAGAGAAAGAACCUGAAGAGAAGGUGUCGCUGGGUCAGAGGAUUCCAGAGCUUGACCCUGUUUGCAGCUAUCAGGCUUGGCAGUUAGCCACGAAAGGCAAGGUGGUGGAACCUGUAGAGCUUAGCCAUAAGACAUCUAACGGAGGAGUAAGCAAUGCGGAGGAGGCUUUGGGUUCAUCUGCCGCGGUGUAUGCGAAAGACAGCAGCCGUUAUGUGUUGCAGGGUCAGGGGAAGAAAGGCCCAGGAAGACGCAGCAGCUCCGGGCAGGGCAGCCAAGCCUCUUCAGGGGACAGAACCCCAGAUAGUCUCAGUGACUCGGAGUACAGGCCUGCAUCUCGACAAGAGCGGAAACGACCGGCCCAGUCUCCGGCUCACUCCAAGGUCAACGAGUGCUCGGAGUGCGGGAAGGCGUUCCGCAGUCGCCACCAAAUGAUUCUCCAUCAGAAGGUCCACAGCAAGGACAGAGGCGGCAGAGCGUCAUGGGGAAAAGACGGCGGCACAAAACGGGAUCGCUGUGGCUCCAACAGUGAGCCAGAGUCAGGGUCCACAAGUCGACCCAGCACCCCGGGAUACGGGGACUCUCCUCCAGCACUGGGACAAGAGGCCUCUGAAACGGGAUCUGUCGGUGAGAUAACAGAUGUGAAGCCCUUCAUCUGCAGCCUGUGCGAUUUUGUUACUACUGAAUCCAGUGCUUACAAGACUCAUCUUCAUGUCCAGCACUCAAGUUCCCAUGAUGACAGCUCCAGCCUGAGCUCCAGCACUGACCGAGGGACCCCCAGUGACUUCUCCAAACUAAAGAAAUCACUUCUUCAUGGCAUGAACAACUCUGUUUCCUCAUCCACUGACCUUUCCCUGACUUCCUCUCCACUCGACCCAAGCUCAAUGCCUGUAGAUUUGUGUGUUCGCACAGAGGAACAUAGGGGUACAACCACCAUGGCGAUGGACAGGAAGAACCUACCCAGCCAUAAGUGCUCUUUCUGCUCCCACUCCACCCGCUACCCUGAGGUCCUGUGGAUGCACCAGACUGUGGCACACCGCAUAAACAGCAGUUGCUCAAAUCUAGCUCCCAAGUGGGCCCCCAAAAACAUCCCUAAAAGCUCCAAAGAGAACUCGAUGUCCUGGAGGAGACGCACAGGCCCACCCCCUGUUCUAGAAGGAAAGGAGUGCCCACCUUUGACUCCGCUGUCGAGAUCAAAGCGUACCCAGCCACCAAAUCAUCCAAAUGAACCAAUAAAGAAAAGCAGACCCAGCAGCAAUUCCACUUUACCCACGUCGUCAACGUCUGCAUUUUCCAAAAAGACGUUGUCAAGUCAAAGUGGUAGGCUUCCUAUACGUCCACAAGGGGGCAGCACCAGCAACACAAGAGCCACACCAGAUCAGAGUCAUCAGUCUCAGUUCAAAUCCAAAGCAGAUAAUAUUUACCCUCGCAUAUCUUCCUCUUCGUCUUUGGAGAAAAGUGCAAACUCCUUAUUGCGUUCUUCAAAACCCAGCUCCAGCUCAACUCAGGGCCCACGGACAAAUGAACGCUAUGUGAUGCCUCAGGAGGGGUUAGGGUACAUGCUGACCAAUAAACAUGCACUAGUGGACUACAACAGAGCGAGAGGGUCCCAUCAACAGCCCUUCUCCAGCUCUCACACCCAAAGCCGGGCUAAUGCUACAAGGCCUAGUAGCGCUUUCACUCACAGCUCAACACGCAGUUAUGGUCCCGGGCAGGUCCAAGCAGGAGCACAGCAGAACCCCUCAACUGCUUCGGCUUCAGAUGGUCACAAAGAGGCCAGACCCGAGUCCGUAUCUGAGGCAGGUGUAGAGAUGCCAUCAGAUAUCCUCAGCUUUCUUAAGAAUUACAGCCCACAUGAAUUGGCAGCACUAUAUCAUCGCUGGGGAGCAGCCAGUGGCCUCUUGGAUCCCACAGGAAUGUUACAAUCUCUAAUGCGACAAGGACAAUACUUCUGCCAUGAAUGUGGAAAGAGCUUCAGCCAGCCCAGCCAUCUGCGCACACACAUGCGGUCCCAUACAGGGGAGAGGCCAUUCUGCUGCCAACUCUGCCCAUACCGAGCCUCUCAGAAAGGGAACCUAAAGACGCACGUCCAGAGUGUCCACCACAUGCCCUUUGACAACAGCCAGUGUCCAGAGACCCAGGUGAUACAAGUGGACGAAGCCGAGCCCGUGGGGCCGGCUCCUGAGCAUGUCCCGAGACCGCAACAGCACUGA